ACCUCUCCUCCGGCAUCCUGACGCGCAGCCAAUGGGAGCGCCCCGCCGCACGAGCCCACCGCCUCCCCGGGCAUCGCGUCCCGCGCGCCCAUUGGACGGACGGGUGGAACCCGGGGAACCCGCACACGAGCCGCUCGCGUGCAGCCUGCAGCUCUAUAAGUAAGAGCCGAGGCGCUGGGAGCUGCAGCGGACUGGGUGUCGGCUUGGCGCGGAGACAGAGGUCACUUCUGACGUUUGCCAUCAGUGAACUGCACCGAGGUUUUGCCAGCAGGAGGCGGGACCACAUUCAACUGGAGCCACAAAUCGCUGUGCAGCAUUUCUGCUACUGUAAAAAAAAACAACGUGUUAGUGUUUCUUCUGUUACACUGUUUCGAACACACCCUGAAGAUGCCAGCCGGUACUUUGGACAGGACCUCCCCAUCCUCCGUGGCUGCCACUCCGGCGAGUGGACACCCCACACCUGACAAACCCCGGACACUGACGGAGAACAGAAAGUCUUCCAAACCAAUCAUGGAAAAGAGGAGACGUGCGCGCAUCAAUGAGAGUCUGGGUCAGCUGAAGACCCUCAUCCUGGCCGCGCUCAAGAAAGACACUUCCAGACACUCCAAACUGGAGAAGGCAGAUAUACUGGAGAUGACCGUGAAGCACCUCAGGAACCUGCAGCGACUUCAGAUGACUGCUGCCGUGAACACAGACCCAUCCGUCCUGGGUAAAUACAGAUCCGGGUUCAGUGAGUGUGUUGGAGAGGUCACCCGCUUCCUGUCCACGUGUGAGGGGGUGAACACAGAGGUGAGGACUCGCCUCCUCGGCCACCUGGCGGCCUGCGUGACCCAGAUCAGUGCCAUCAACUUGUAUGGACCUCACCCAGGCACAGUUGGACAGACCAACACACAGGUUUCCGCUGCCUUAGCCACACAGAUGCCUUGCAAGAGCGCCUCAGCGAUGCACGUUCCCCCAGAAGCGAUGAAGCUCUACGGCGGCUUCCAAGUUGUGCCGAUGCCAGACGGACAGUUCACUUUUCUUGUUCCCAGUGCGGCCCUCGUACCUGUGAGUGCACAAAGCGGCCACCACGUGUCACCUGUUGCACCUCCAGUCACCUCAGACUCCGUGUGGAGACCGUGGUAGAAAAUCAGCUCAACAGAUUGUGUGUGUGUGUGUGUGUGGGGGGGGGGGGACUAUCACACAACAAAACAUAUUUUUGUACAUUUUGUAAAUGUUUUUAAAAAAACCUACUUGAGAGGGAUGUUUACACAUAUUUGUGUUUUUAUAUGAGCAUUAGGAGAUAUUAUUGGUGUGUUUUUUCUCGCUGUGAUUUUCUGUUUUUGAUAUGGCACAAUGCAUUUGGCUCAGGUGGUCCAGGGAAUCCUUGGAAAGCUCUUGAAAAGCACUGUAUUUUUUGAGAUUAAUAAAAUGUUUAUAUGAUGUUUACAACACUA